CGGUCUGUUUAUGUUUUUCCCCUUUUUUUUUUCUGGAUCUAUUCGUCCUGAAAACCCGAGUUUUAAAGCCCCCAGAGAGCCAUCACUCACCACUUCUUGUCUCUCUCUCUGUUCCUCCAGAAGCGCUCAUUUCCCAUCCCUUUACGUAACCGUAACUCCUUCCUACCUUCCGAAGUUCACCCUCUUUGUCCCUUCUCCCGCUUUACCUCCGCAAGCCAAACUCUUGUUCUCCGAAGUUCUCUGAGGUGAGAAAACCAGAAGAAAGCAAUGGCAUUCAAGGUCUCCACUGUACAGUCUUCGCCGAUCGAUGGCCAGAAGCCCGGAACUUCUGGCCUACGAAAGAAGGUGAAAGUUUUCAUGCAACCACAUUACUUGGAGAAUUUCGUUCAAUCAACAUUCAAUGCCCUCACAGCAGAAAAAGUGAGAGGUGCCACACUUGUUGUUUCUGGAGAUGGCCGUUAUUAUUCUAAGGAUGCCGUUCAGAUAAUUGUCAAAAUGGCAGCUGCCAAUGGGGUGAGGCGUGUUUGGGUUGGUCAGAAUUCGUUGCUUUCAACUCCUGCUGUCUCUGCUGUGAUUCGUGAAAGAGUUGGAGCAGAUGGAUCCAAGGCAACAGGCGCGUUUAUAUUAACAGCAAGUCACAAUCCAGGAGGCCCUGAUGAGGAUUUUGGGAUCAAAUAUAACAUGGAAAAUGGUGGUCCAGCUCCAGAAGGAAUCACGGAUAAGAUUUAUGAGAACACUAAAACAAUAAAGGAGUAUUUAACAUCUGAUGUUCCAGAUGUAGAUAUUUCUUCAAUUGGUGUUACUAGCUUUUCAGGCCCUGAAGGAAAAUUUGAUGUGGAAGUUUUUGACUCCGCAAGUGAUUAUGUAAAAUUGAUGAAGACUAUUUUUGACUUUCAGUCAAUCAAGAAGCUGAUAACAAGUCCAAACUUCAGUUUUUGCUAUGAUGCGCUACAUGGAGUUGCUGGUGCUUAUGCACAUCGCAUUUUUGUCGAGGAGCUUUGUGCACAAGAGUCUGCAUUGUUGAACUGUGUUCCCAAGGAAGACUUUGGAGGAGGGCAUCCAGAUCCCAAUCUCACAUAUGCGAAGGAGUUAGUUGCAAGGAUGGGCCUCGGAAAAUCUAACACUGAUGUUGAACCACCAGAAUUUGGGGCUGCUGCAGAUGGUGAUGCAGAUCGCAACAUGAUCCUGGGUAAAAGGUUCUUUGUUACCCCGUCAGAUUCUGUGGCUAUAAUUGCUGCAAAUGCAGUUGAAUCCAUCCCCUACUUCUCUUCUGGGCUGAAGGGAGUUGCCAGGAGCAUGCCAACGUCAGCUGCCCUUGAUGUUGUGGCGAAAAGUCUGAACUUGAAAUUUUUUGAGGUCCCAACAGGCUGGAAGUUCUUUGGUAACUUGAUGGAUGCUGGUUUAUGUUCUGUUUGUGGUGAAGAAAGUUUCGGAACUGGCUCUGAUCAUAUUCGUGAGAAAGAUGGAAUUUGGGCUGUCCUGGCGUGGUUAUCCAUAUUGGCUUACAAAAAUAAGGACAAUCUCAGGGGUGGAAAGCUUGUGACUGUAGAAGAUAUAGUCCGCAAGCAUUGGGCUACUUAUGGUCGUCACUAUUAUACUCGUUAUGAUUAUGAGAAUGUUGAUGCAGGUGCAGCUAAAGAACUGAUGGCUAACUUGGUCAACCUCCAAUCAAAUCUUACUGUAGUUAAUGAGAUGGUGAAGGGGAUACGGCCAGAUGUCUCCAAGGUUGCCCAUGCUGAUGAAUUUGAAUACAAAGAUCCUGUCGAUGGUUCCAUCUCUGCACACCAGGGUGUUCGAUAUCUGUUCGCGGAUGGCUCUCGACUGGUUUUCCGCCUCUCAGGAACGGGAUCUGUGGGUGCAACCAUCCGUCUCUACAUUGAACAGUAUGAAAAGGAUCCAUCAAAUAUUGGUAGAGAUUCUCAAGAAGCACUUUCUCCUCUGGUGGAGGUAGCGUUGAAACUCUCCAAGAUGGAAGAAUACACUGGCCGAUCUGCUCCCACUGUCAUCACAUAGAAUGCUUUGCACCAUCGGUGCACCAUUUCCCAAAUGUUUUGAAGCUGAAGCCAUCCAUUCGACAGAAUUUUCAUUUGUUUUGGUUACAUAAUUGUCCUUUUAACAUGUUUUGUUGAUGUCAAUCCCCAAAAUGCACGCUUCUUGAUAUAUGUUUCUACAUAUGUUAGGCGUGAGUAUGAGCCCAAACAGGCUUCUUGAUAUGUGUAACUUGCUCAAAAAUAAAGAUGAUGAGCGGUUUUUCUUUUCCCCGGAUACAGUGAGCUGAGUCGGCAAAGUUUGUAUUCACGGGUGAUGGGUACUUUAUAGUUAAGCCCUACAUUGGGUGGGUAAUCCAUAUCCUUGGGCAAUGAUGGUGCAUCUCUCAAUA